AUGAGGAACCCCCGGCAACUCAUGGACAAAACGAGAUAUUGCCGCUUCCAUCGACAGAAUGGGCAUGAUACGGAAGAGUGUCGCGAGCUGAAGCGACAGAUCGAGGAGCUAAUUCAAAGGGGGCAUCUUGGCCACUACAUACGGCAAAAUAAAGAGCUUUCAUCGCGACCCGAGGGCCUCGUCAAAAGGCAGAUUGAUGUGAUCAUGGGCGGCCCUGCGUCCAGGGGAAACAGUAUGACUGGGCGGAAAGCAUACGCCCGCGCCCCAACACCCGAAGACCCCGGACGCGGGCCCGCGCCCAAGGUCACGUUUCCAGCUGAGAGAGCCGAACCUCCCGAACAUGAUGAUGCGCUAGUGGUGGACGCUAGAAUCGCCAACGCACGAGUAAAAAGGAUCAUGGUCGACACCGGGAGUUCGGUCGACAUCCUUUAUUUGGACGCAUUCCAGAAGCUCGGGCUUUCCCGCGACGCCCUGGUGCCUAUGAGCUCGGCGCUCACCGGAUUCACCGACGAAUAA